AGAGCAGACGCGGAGACAGAACACUGAACAGCUGAUCGAGGAGCCGUCUGUCCGUGUGCCUGAAGUUCUGGACUUGUGUGUGUACUGGACCUGUCGGUAGGGACGGUAACCUACCGUUGUCAUGGAGCCACGGCAGCAGGGCCUUUUGGAGACGGAGCCUCUGCGGGAGGUGGACGAGGACAUGGUGUCUGAGGUGGACCUCAACAACAGUGUUACCGAUGAGGAGCGAGAGGAGAUGACCAAUGAACUAGUCAAGCUGGAGGAGGAGAUCUCCACCCUGAGGCAGGUGCUGGGCUCCAAGGAGAGGCGUCACCUGGAGCUCAAGCAGAAGCUGGGCAUCACGCCGCUGAGUGAGCUCCGCCACAACUUCAACCGCAGCUGGACCGACAUGCAGUCCUCCACCGUUUACAAGAAGACCUCUGAAACACUGAGCACAGCUGGACAGAAGACCUCGGCAGCAUUUACCAACCUGGGCUCCGCAAUCACCAGGAAGUUUGGAGACAUGAGAUCAAACUCCUUAGGCUACUCUAUCCGCCACUCAAUGAGUAUGCCUGCAAUGAGGAAUUCGCCUAGUUUCAGAUCUUUCGAAGAGAAGGUGGAGAAUACUGUUACCACCAUCAAGUCCAAGGUGGGUCCCGGAGCCGGUGGUGGAGGGGGCAACUUCGAGGAGGUCCUCUCCUCUGCUGCGAACGCAAGUUCCCAGGACACACCCACCAACACCCUGAGCGAGAGCACUGAACACCCCUGCUAGAGUGACCCCACCACCACUUCCAUCGCCCUUUCCUUCAGACCCGACGGCACUCUGCCGCCCUCUCUGGCUAGGAGGUCCCACAGCAGGCCAGGGACAGAAAACCACUACAGGAGGUCUUUAAGACCCAGACUGCAAACACACAGUAUAACGUUACCUGCCAGCCACGCCUGUUUCCAUGGUACAUGUCAGAGAAGAGAUUGUAUUGCUGUAAGCAGCUUGUAUCUAUCACUGUUCAUGGACAACUCUGAAUGCUUUUUUUCUAUCUGAAGUAAGUUGAUCCAGUAAAGCAAAAUUUGUACUAAUUAGAUUUGAUUCAAACAAUGUUUUUAAGUAUAUUUUCUCAAGAUUAAGGCUUAUUUGCAGACUUCCUUUGUCAGAACAUCGUCAGAUACUUUUCAACAAAACAACAGAUGUGGCAUACGAUGUUUCAUAUUUCUAAUACUUGAAAUGGCAUACACAAUAACAUUAAACUGCACUAUAAGAUGAGGACCAAGACCAAAUGUACUUGAAUAACAAGCGAUUUGUCAACCACAAAAUCACAUUGUUUCAUCUCUGUGCACCAAACUGCACCCAAGCUCUCACCUCCAGGCUCUUCUGGUGGUGCGCACACAUCAAGAAGCUCACGGUCCAAAUUCAGUUAGCAUUCCCCAGCUAAGCAGCUGUUAUAAAGUGCCCUAGGUUUUCCAUUAUUGUAAAAUGUGAUUCAAAUAAGUGGACAGAAACCGUUACAUCCCUUUACUUAAAAUUGUUUGAGAGAAUGUGUGUGUGUGUGUGUGUGUACUGGCUUGAGUGAAUGGUUGUGUUUAUGUAUUGACUUGAGUUUUCUGCUGUUUUCUCAAGCAAUUCUGAAAGUUAAGGUUAUGUAAUAAUAAGUGACACACUUAAACUUUUACAAUGGAAGUUUUUUUUUCUUCUUGUUUUUGUAAACUAAAAUAUGUCCCUGCUAAUGUUUAUCAAGUUUUGGACUUCAUAUAUUCUAGUUCAAAAGACUUGUUAUGAUUAAAUAAAUAAUAAUGCAACUAA